AGUAGAAGCUCUGUGUCUUGAAGUGUUUUUAAGGAAUGAACACUUCUUAUUUUUACAGGGCAGACACACAACAGCAGAGACAUACAGCAUAAUCAGGCCUCUGGCCGUCAGCGGUCCGAGAUGAUCCUCUUCACCUUUAUUGUGGGACUGAUGUCCUGCCAGGUACAAGCUUGGUCUCAUCCUCGGAUAAAGGUAAACAACCAAGAUCCAGUUGACUCGACUGUUGUCAUCAAUGGUGGUUCUAGACUUGUUCUGACUUGUGAGGGUGAUGCUCCAGUGACUAUUGUUCCUCGACUAGCUAAAUACAAAAGUUACAGUGUGUCUAAUGGGAACAGCUGCACCUUUACUGUGCAAAAAGCUACCUAUAAGUUCACAGGCACUUAUAAGUGUGAGUACACUGGCGAAGAUUCCUCCAACUACUCAUCUGUGCAUUUAUUCGUAAAAGAUUCCAAGCGUCUCUUUGAAACCCCAGUGAAUCCUUAUAUUAUCAAGAAUGAAGGAGAGGAUGCCCUCAUUCCCUGCCUCCUUACUGACCCUGCAGCUACUAAUAUCCGGUUACGCAUGGAGGAUGGCUCUGCAGUACCCUCCGACAUGGACAUAACUACUGACCCCAAGAAAGGGAUACUGAUUCGGAACCUCCAGCUUGGGUUCAGUUCAAGCUACAUCUGCAGUGCCAGUAUAGGAGGAGUGGAGAAAGUGUCCCCACCCAUACCUUUAAAAGUGACCAAUAGAGCCCAUACUCCACCCAAUGUUUCAUUGCAAAAUUAUGAGCAUAUACGACUGGUUGGAGAGAGGCUACAGAUUUCCUGUGACACCAGCAACCAUAACUUCAACUACAAUGUUACCUGGAAGCACUCAUCACAUUUGAACUUACCAAACCCAGAGAACAAGGCUACAUUCGUAAAAAAUAGAGUGUACAUCAAUAGUAUGCUGAUUCUUCCAUCAGUUAAAAUGUCUGACUCGGGUAAUAUCACAUGUGUUGGAUCAAACGAGGCUGGAGUCAACACCUCCACCACAAGCCUGCUGGUUGUGGAUGAACCGUACAUUAUUAUGUCCCCCAAGCUGUCACCUUUGAUGAAUGAAGAUUUGUCUAUUGAUGUCCAUGAGGGGCAGGAUGUAGAGUUGAGGGUGUCAAUAAAGGCUUACCCACAAAUCACACAGCAGCAGUGGGAGGGACCAACGUUUAUCAACAGAUCACACCAUGAAAUCAGCUCCUUCAGAAAUAAUAACAGGUACGAGUCAGUAUUGCUUCUGAAAAGACUGAAAUCCAGGGAACAGGGUAGAUACACCUUCUAUGCUAACAGCAGCAUGGCUUAUGCCUCUACAACAUUUAGCAUUCAUGUUUAUGAGAAGCCUGUUAUUGUGGAAAAUAGGAGAAAUAAGACCACCUUAAUAUGCACAGUGACUGGCUACCCAACUCCCAGCAUCUUUUGGUUCCAGUGUCAAGGAACCAGGCCAACAUGUACAGACAAUUCCACAGAUGUAGAAACUCGCCAGUUGCUCCCAUCUCACACAGUGGAGGUGCAGAACGAAGAGUUUGGACCAGUAAAAGUGGAAAGUAUUAUAACCAUCAACCCAUCUAAUCAUAAGAUGACUGUAGAGUGUGUGGCACAAAACCUGGUUGGACAAGACAGUGAUGCAUUCCCUAUAGACCGGUCUGAGAAACUGUUUACUGCAACAUUGAUUGGAGCCAUAAGUGUGAUGGUGUUCCUCCUUCUACUCCUAAUCAUCCUCAUGUACAAGUACAAACAGAAACCCAAGUAUGAGGUCCGGUGGAAGAUUAUUGAGGCCACAGAUGGGAACAGUUACACAUUUAUCGAUCCCACUCAGCUUCCUUAUAAUGAAAAAUGGGAAUUUCCGAGAGACAAGCUGAAAUUAGGGAAGAUUUUGGGUGCUGGGGCAUUCGGGAAAGUGUUGGAGGCUACGGCGUAUGGUCUGGGGAAGGAGGAUAAUGUGACCCGGGUGGCUGUGAAAAUGCUCAAAGCCAGCGCCCAUUCAGAUGAGAAGGAGGCUCUCAUGUCUGAACUGAAGAUUCUGAGUCAUCUUGGACAACACAAGAAUAUUGUCAACCUGCUGGGAGCCUGCACACAUGGAGGUCCUGUGCUGGUGAUCACUGAGUACUGCUGCCAUGGAGAUCUUCUGAAUUUCCUGCGUAAUAAAGCGCAGACCUUCUUACACUGUAUGAUUUCAAUCCCAGAGGAGAGAAGCAACUAUAAAAAUGUCACUGCAGACAAGAUGUUUUUUAGAAGUGACAGUGGGAUCUCCAGCACUUGUUCUGAUGCUUAUCUGGAUAUGAAGCCUCUAUUGACCAGAUCCCAGAUUUCCCGCAUUCCUUCCUGCAAUCAAGAUGGAGAUUUGAUUGAGAUGGAUGACCUGCUCAGAUUCUCUUACCAGGUGGCUCAGGGACUCGAGUUCCUCACAUCUAAAAAUUGUAUUCACAGAGACGUCGCAGCCCGGAAUGUUCUUCUGACCGAUGGGUGUGUGGCUAAAAUCUGCGAUUUUGGACUGGCCCGUGAUAUCAUGAAUGAUUCAAACUAUGUGGUCAAAGGAAACGCUCGUUUGCCAGUGAAGUGGAUGGCUCCAGAGAGUAUCUUCGAGUGUGUGUAUACAGUACAGAGCGAUGUUUGGUCAUACGGUAUUCUGCUGUGGGAGAUCUUCUCUCUUGGCCAAAGUCCAUAUCCAAACAUGCUGGUGGACUCCAAGUUCUAUAAGAUGAUAAAGUGUGGCUAUCAGAUGUCUCGUCCUGACUUCGCCCCACCUGAGAUGUACGACAUCAUGAAAAUGUGCUGGAACCUUGAACCCACAGAGCGGCCGAAUUUCAACAAGAUCAUUCAGCUCAUCGAAAAGUUGCUGGGAGAAACACCGGAUCAGUAUCAGAACGUGUUGACAGAAGAACUAGACACUGAGCAGCUCGAGGCCUGCGAAACCACCAAAAGUGAUGAAGAAUCGUGUGAGCAGGAGGAAGAUGAGCAGCCCCUGAUGAAGGCUAACAACUAUCAGUUCUGCUAAGAUCUGAAUAAACUAUGCUUUCUGAAUACUUUACAUAAAAGCUACAAUGACAGGAUAUAAAUCAUUUCCCAAGGGUUAACUUCCUCAUCGAUUGUUGCUUCUGUUGGAUUUAGAUAUGACAGGUUUCUUGAGAGAGACACUUUGAUCUUUUUCGUGUUAAAUAGCAGUUCCCUAUUUGAACGGAUGGAAAAAAGCCAAUUCAGCAUUUCCAAGCUUGCAAGCUUGCAAAGUUCACUUCCACAUUUUUAUCAGUCUGUUCUUAAAAACUAGAAAACAGCAAAAUAGUGGUAUUUUAUUUACUUAAGCAGAUCUAUCCAUUUUUAAGUAUAUUUACAAGCUUGAUGAAUGCUUUAUGCAUUAUUAAAUGUCCUUACUAUUUUUUGUUGUGUUUGGUUUAUUGAAUCAGUAACAUUAAGGAACAAGAAUUUAGGCCUUCAUCACAUUUGGCGAUGAAAGUAGAUGAUUUUAACUAGAUUUCAAGAGGAAAAAAACAGAAAAACAAAAAAACAAUUUUAGAAAUCUCUGUUCUUUUUUUCAGAUUUUUAUCAGUAUGCCUUGUUCAUUACACUGUAUACUAUGUAUAUGUGUAUUUGAUGUAGCACCAAGCAAACACUGCCAAACUGUGUAAAUAACACCAAGGAAUGUGAUUGUCCUCAUGAGCGCUCUGGCUUUAGUCAGUGGUGGACUAUUAAACUUAAUUAUUUUAAUAUCAAAGAAAACAGUGCUAUGACAUUGGAUAUGAUUAGUAUAAAUCACACCGGGUCACCUGUACUUCCAAAGUUCUCAUAGAAAAUGUAUAACUACUGAAUGUUUCUUGUUCUAUUUCUGUAAAUUUUUGGCUUCAGGUUAUGUUUAAAGUCUCAUUAAAUUUCCUGCCAUUUUUCUCUCAAUGUUCGUAGGUUUUUUAAGCUAAGCUAUUCAGAAAAAAAGUCCAGAAAACCAUCACAAAGUUCUUUUAUUAUUAUUAUUAUUAAUAACUAGAGCGCUUAUCUAGUUAUCUAUUCUGUUCCGAGAAGUUAUUUACUGUGGCUCUUUGUUGUGAUUGUCAUUGGUUUAAAAGAAGCUGGAAAUGGAACAAAUGCAGCAAAUGAAAGUGAAUAUAAUGCUUUAGCAGUGUUCUUUGUUAACUUGUUAAAUUACUACGGGUUCUUAAUCAAUGUAUAAAUGAAUUAUUUGUACAUUUUGAGGCAGCAUGUUAAAAAAAUGGGUCAUAGUUAAACCUGAAAAAUAAUCUAAAAUGUUAUAAAUAUGUAAAAAAAAAUCAGACAGUUAAUAAAGUUGUUAAUUCUUA